AUGAGCUUCGCAACCAGCUACCUCUUCUACAAGUCGGUCAGCUGGGCCGUCCCUCUCUUUGUUUACGCCUUCUUUAACGGGCUAAGCGGACAGUUCUUCUACGACUGGGUGAACUCGAUGCUGUGGGCCCUGCUCUACACCGGCCUGCCGAUCGUGCUGCUAGGGGUGUACGACAUGGAUGUUUUGCCCUCGACAGCGCUAAGGUAG